AGAGAGCGCGGUCACGGCCGCAUCCCGGCCCUUCAGCGCCCGCUGCCCGUGUCCUCGGCCCGGGGAAUUUGGGUGAGACGCCGAGUUUUCAUCGUGCAGCGGCCGAGGCCCCCCUCCGUGCCUGACAGAAUCAGAUCUCUGCGGUUCCGUGACAGGCAGUGAUAGCCAGGUUUACAUCAGAUCUCACAGAACAAGGUGGCAGUGCUGCUCCUGGCUGGAGGACAAGGAACCCGCCUGGGAGUCAACUAUCCCAAGGGCAUGUACAGCGUGGGGUUGCCCAGUGGCAAGAAUUUGUAUCAGAUCCAAGCAGAAAGAAUCCGCAAAGUGGAGCAGCUUGCUGGCAAGAGACACCACUGCAAGUGUGCCAUUCCCUGGUACAUCAUGACAAGUGAGUUCACACUGGGGCCAACAAAAGAGUUUUUUGUACAACACAACUACUUCAACUUGGAUAGAUGCAACGUUGUCAUGUUUGAACAGAGGAUGCUGCCUGCUGUCACCUUUGAUGGGAAGGCCAUCUUGGAGGAGAAGGGGAAAAUUGCCAUGGCUCCAGAUGGCAAUGGUGGCUUAUACCGUGCUUUGAUGGAUAAUAAGAUCUUGGAUGACAUGAAGCAGCGUGGAAUCCAGUAUGUCCAUGUAUAUUGUGUGGACAAUAUCCUCGUGAAAAUGGCAGACCCAAUCUUCAUAGGUUUCUGUAUUUCCAAAGGGGCAGACUGCGGUGCAAAGGUAGUGGAGAAGGCGUACCCCACGGAGCCUGUUGGGGUGGUGUGCUGUGUGGAUGGGGUAUACCAGGUGGUGGAGUACAGCGAGAUCAGCCCAGAGACUGCACAGCAGCAGCGCCCUGAUGGGGGACUGAUGUUCAGUGCUGGCAACAUCUGUAACCACUUCUUCACUGUUGAGUUCCUGGAAAUAGUGGCCCAGAAAUGGGAGUCACAGCUGAAGCAUCAUGUAGCCAUAAAGAAGGUGCCCUACAUUGACAAGGAGGGAAAUCUGGUAAAACCACUAAAACCGAACGGGAUAAAGCUGGAGAAGUUUGUGUUUGAUGUGUUCCAGUUCUCUAAGAAUUUUGUGGCAUUUGAAGUUCUGAGAGAAGAGGAGUUCUCACCACUAAAAAACGCAGACACAGCUGACAAAGAUACUCCUACCACUGCUCGACAAGCCCUCCUGGCCCAGCAUUACCGCUGGGCUCUCAAGGCUGGGGCCAAAUUUGUGGAUGAAAAUGGUUGCAGGAUACCAGAAAAACUCAGUCUCUCAGGAACUGAAGAUCCUCCAGCUGUGUGUGAGAUUUCUCCAUUAGUGUCUUACUUUGGAGAGGGUCUGGAGGUGUACAUGAAGAACAAAGAGUUCCCUUCUCCCUUUGUACUCGACGAAAACAAAAUGGAAAUGCUGGAAAAUUCUUGAAGUGGGAAGCCUUUCCCUCUCAAAUCAGAUCCAUGUUUGUCAGCUCUGUUAUAAGAACUGAUAGUACUAAAAUGUCAGCUAUGAAGUGCAUUAUAAAAAAAAUUGCUUUGCAGUGUCUGAUGCUAAAUCCUCACAGCAGUUGUGAUUACACACGUGUGAGCUUCUCAGUUAUGUUUGGUAACUUUGAAGGCGGUGCCUUUUACCUCAGUCUGUUUUAUAUACUUGGAUGUGAGUGUGGAUUAAUGCUUCCUGAGUGCUAAACAGAUCCUACAUUUCUUAUUUACUCUUGCAUAUGAAUAUGGAAAAGAGCCAGUCAAGGCCUUAUAAAUCAGCUUGGCCUUCAAGAAGAUACAAUUUCUUCAGUGCCUUGUUAGGUAUCUCGUUUGUGUUGUUGUGGUUGUUUCUUUGGUUUGGAUUUUUUCCUAAAUCAUAUGCACAGCUGCAGUCAGUUUGAAGUCCCAUCCUGAAAAGUAUGGAAGGACUUUGGAUACUGAGGUUUUCUCUCCAGCCAUCAUUUUUUUCCCUAAUCAUGUACUGAUUAGAAGAUUCAAUUCAGCAAUUGCAUCCUCUAAGCAGAUCAUACAGAGUCUGCCGUAUGUAGGGAUGUUGCUGUGCCUAAGCAUUGCUUGAGGCUUGGAGUCCAAAGCAGAACAGACUAGUUUUCUAUCUGGGCUUGCUGGUGCCAUGUCUAGACUGAUAGUUCCUUACAGCUGUAGUGACUUGGAUUUUUUAAAUAAAAAAAGAAGAUAAUAUUUUUACAACCCUCUGCCCUUCCUGACUAUAACAGUUUUCCUUUCCCUUUCCUGUUUCAUAUAUACCAUAUCCCUCAGACAAGGCACUCUUGAGGUACCUGAAAGUAAUAAGAGAGACAAAUCCGAGUGGGAGAAUUUAAUGCCUAACCAAAACAAAAAAAAAAAAAAAAACCUCUUAGCAUCAACAGGUUACACAGUAAAACACGAGCCUCCAUUUCUACAGUUUUUUUGCCUAGGUGAUUUUCCAGCAUUCUUUCACUUAGAAAAUAAUUCCAUAGGUACCUUUCUUUUAAAUAUGUUACUAGCCCUAACGUAAAGAUUAAUGUCAGCUAAUAAAGGACACUAAUUGUUAGAAUAUAUGUAGCAUGUGAACUCAGGUGUGGUGAAGGGGUCCCAGGGUAGCCCUGACCCUUGACCCACCAGUGAUUCUUCCUGUUCAGUUUUUGGGCACUGCCUCAGAAAGCUCAUACCCAUCUGAUGCAGAACCUGCGCUGGGCAUACCCAAAUCAUUUCAGCCUUGGUGAGGAUGUCUCAGCUGCACUCUCUGGUGGCUGGCCUUUGCAUCAGAAAUGUUCCAUACUCUUCCCCUAAACAUGGUGUUAGGGAAGGUAGUGAGAAAGAUGUUUCAUCUGAAAUGUUAUUUCAUGCAUCAGCUUCUAGUGAGGAAUUGCUUAUGCUAUUUCAUUAAGCAUAAUUAAGUUCCAUGGUUUUCUGCAAUUUCUGAUGUGAAGCUCUAUUCAAAUAAUAGAGAAGGCAAUGGGGAAGUAUAAAAAUGACUUUGAGAGUAAAUACAGUUUAUAAGUAUGCUCAGGUUUUCCAAAGAAAGCAUUUAAAUGUCAGUAUCAGAGUUUUUGGUUAUAAAGUGUUUCUGCAUGAACUUGAGUAAAGAUCCUUUCACACAUGCAGACAGGCUAAUCACAGUUCUGAUUACCUCAGCUGAUAUGUGCAGCCAGUAAUUCACAUUUUUAGUAUAAAUGAAGCAUUUGUCCUUGUCACCCAGUUCUGUAGUCUUUUUGCAGUCUUUCUAUGACAGUCUUUCCAUUCCAUUCCUGUCAGUCAAGUUUUAUAUCUGAGAACAAACUGUGUUGUAUAUUUGUGAGUAUUGCUCAGCAAUUCAAUCACACACUUCUUUUACAUUAUGCUGUGCUAUAAAGAAAGAUUUCUUUUGCUUUUUCUAAAGUUCUUUCUCUUUUGAAGCUUCAGUUUCCAUGCACACAGAACAGAGCUGCUGACAUGGUUUUCAAGGUUGUUUUCUAGGAGAAGUUAAAUUAGAAGGCUGAAUGCUUGUCUCUUGGGUUUUUAUUUUCUAUGACUCUUCACAUUUUAAACUGGAACACAGAAACAAAACAGAGAACUUUAACAAAAAAAAAUUGUCCUAUAUGUAACAAAGUCUUUGUAUGCAUUAUAAAAUGAAAAAAAGUACCUGAAACAAAGGGAAGGCCUAUAAUACUCCAGAAACUUCUGGACAUCUAAGCAUUUUUAACAAUAAAGACGUUACUGUGAUUUCUAUGUAUUUGUCUGCGUUUCUUGUAUGUGAGAAAAACACAUGUUGUCUUUGUCCCUAUGAAUGUUG